CGGCACCGCGCACCCCGGCCCGGCCGAGCGUGGAGCCCCCGCGGCGGGGAGCGGCCGGUCCCGGUGUCCCUGCGCUGUGCGGGACCGGCGGCGGGAGGAACCUCUCGGAGGAGGAGGGAGCGGGGGCUGCUCCGUCCCCGCAGCCCGGACCGCUCAGCAGGGAGCGGCCGGAGCGGCUCCUGCCUGAGAAAGGGGGGCGGCGGGCAGCGGGGAGGGGGAGGCCCGCGCUGCGGGCAGCUGCCUCCAAUCCCGCCAGCUGCGGCCCCGGGAAUGGCCCUGCCCGGCCGUGCCCUCCCCGAGCUCUCCUUGGGGCGGCGGCUGCAGCCGGACACCGGCCUUGCCGCGAGGAGGUUCGGGGAGCGGCCGUGGGACCGAGCAUCUCCGGAGCCGGGACACCGGGCCCGCGGGUUCGGUUCUCUCAGCCCUCUCUGGGAACCACCCCCCGCACACCCACGGCUGCCGGGGACGGGCAGUGCGUGUCCCAGCGGGGCUGCAGCGGAGCGCGGUGUGUUCGCUGCCACGCACUCGGGAUAAGCGAGCAGCGGUUCCGCCGGGGCCGGGCAGCUCCCGUUCCCCCGGGGCGCACUGGGUCGCGGUGCUGUGUGGGGUCGGGGCGCAGCGAGCCCCGGCAGUCCUGCAGUGCAGGAGAGGGUGUCAUGGCCUCUGCGGUGCCACCAGGCUCCCGGUGCUCCCCCCUGUGCAGGCAGGAUGCAGGCAGGGUGCCUCCGUGCUCCCGAUUAGCAUCUUGUUUGGAGCCGAGGCAGCGGCUGUAAUCUGAUGCUCUCAAAGUUGGUGUUUACAAGGGACAUGGCAGCCAUCAGAGGCUCUUCUUGUUCUCCUGGUGAAAGCAUAUUCCUGUCUCCGCCGCGUGUGGCUGCUCCGUGUGCCAAGCACUGCCCGGGUCACACUGAGCAUCCUGCAGAAACACCUUAGGGGGUCAGAACCUCCAGAGCUGCUGUGCUGUCUGGCCAGCAGGGUCGGGGUCCCCACGCUGGGGGUUUUGGUGGGACACUGGGUUCAGACCCUCCGGUGCAGUCGGCACUUGGGGCCAGCCUGCUGUGGGUGCCUGCAAUGGCCGUGUGCCCUCAGGAGCCCACCUGCUGGACGGGGGGUGCUGGGAGGAGGGCGAGCUCGCUGCCCUCGGGACUCAUCAGUUCCCUAUUGACAAAUCCUUUCACUCCCGAGCAAGCAGAGCAGGACAGAGCCCGGCCCGAGGCUUCCCAACGCCACUCCAGCCCUGCAACUACUGCGUCCUUGCUGGGAGCCCACAGGGCACCCAUCUCCCCAGCUGGGGGGUGGUCUGGCAAGAUGCCUCCCACCUGAGCCCUGGCACUCCCCCAAGCUACCCCCACAACCCGAGCACCGGCAGCCCCACCCAACGGGGCUCAUCUCCAGAGGCAGGAAACGCCGCUGGCAUCUGUGCCCUCAUCUUUUCACCGGGGCUGCAAAUCGCAUCGGUCGCGGCACUCAGAGCCCGGUUCCAGUGCGGGUGCUCCAGCAGGGUCCGUGAGCUUUGGCACGGCUCCCACAGCACAGCAUGACACGGGACUGUGCCUGAUGAACAGAUGGCACCAGUGCAGCCACAGCCAGGUUUGGUGGCAGAGGAGAACCUGCUGCCCUGUAUCCGGGCUGCUGCAGGAGUAGGGACCCGCGCCCCGGCCCUGGGGAGGGCCCCAGGGAUGCCGUUUGCAGAAUGCUGCCUCCAAGGGCAGGCUCUGCUCCAGGCAGGUCUGGGAGAGCCGUGCGGGACCAGCAGCAAUAAAAGCUCCAUGAGCCCUUUGUGCUGCUCCAUGUCUGGGCAGCACUGCCUGUCACAGGGCAGCAGCGUCCCUGUUUGGGGGUUUUGUGUCCCUAGUCCAUGGGGGUCCUGAUGGGAGGAGAACACAGUUCAAAGCCAAACCAGCUGCAAUGGGGGAAGUGCUGAUGGGAGCUUGUGGGUGGGUGUGGGGACUGCAGCUACCUGGGCCAAGGCAGGAGGUUAUAAGGCAGGUUGGAAACCAGGGCACGUCAUGGCAGGGAGCAGCCUUGGGAGGGGAUGAGGCUGGAGCUGGAGCACACUGAGCUUGGAGGCCACAGCGAGCGAGCUGCAGUUAUUCACGGCGCCAUUAUUACAGCCACCCAUUUCCAACACCCUUGGCGAGGCGGGAGCACAAUGUGCUCCAAGGAAAUGGGAUUGUGGGUCCUGCCCCUUGGCCCGCUGCUCGCUGCACUGUGCAGAUGGAGCUGGCAGCUCCUCGGCUCCGCUGCCUGCAGGGAGAGCGAGAUGGCGGAGGGGAGGCAGGACUCGUCCUCACGGGCACAGGCAGAGCUCUGCGGGAGGGGACAGAGCUGGCGCCACGGGGGACAGAGACAGCGACAGGGAGAGGAGAAGCGAGGCAGCCCCGGGCUGGCCGCGGUGGCCACUCUCCCUAAUGAUCCCUGCCCCAGCCAGGAGUGCUUUCUCCUUCUUCCUGGAGUGGAAGGAGUGAUGGGCGCGUCACCUGCACGGGCUGGAUGUGUCACCUGCCAGCUGCUAUGGUUGACAGUGCUGCGCUUGCAUCUCCGUGUCCCACAGCUGUCCACGGCUGGCUUGGCUUUCCCCUCUGAUCUCUCUGCUCCUGGCUCAGAGCCAGCCCGACUGAAGAACUGCCUGACCCAGCGCAGCGCAGGGCGUGUGCGGUGGGACGGGAGCUCACUCCAUGACGAGUCGCGGGUGACAGAACGGAGCAGGGAUGCUCGGCUUCAGUUUUAUUGCUUUUCAAUAAGUCCGGGGGCUCCUGGCCACAACCCGGAGCUGAGCCAGCCCGGGGGGCUCUGCCGUAGGCGGGGGGAGCCGGUGCUCGGGGCUGGGGCUGCUGCAGGGGCAGUCCAGGGAGGCUGGGGUGGGAUGACGGGGGUGACGCCCGGCUUUGGGGUGGGCGAGGAAAAGUGUGGCUGCGGGGCUCCCGACUGGGAAAGCGCCUAUGGGAACUGCGGGGGAGAUGGUGCUGCUGGCAGCGAGAGGCGGGGGGGUCGAGGUCGGGGGGCUGCCUGCCGGGAGCGGGGAGGGAGGGUCCAUGGGGCCGGGAGGAGGAUUGGGGAAGGGAUGAGGGAGAGGAAUGCGUCGAGGAAAGGGGACGGGGGAGGGAGGGAGGGAGGGAGGGAUGCUCGGGGACUGAGGAUGCAGGGAGAUAUCCUGGAGGAGGGCGGGCAGGAUGCCCCGGGGAGAGAGGGCGGGGGACGGGAGCGGUGGAUGCGGGAGCGAAGCCCGGAGAAUGGAGGGCGCGGGGCGGGGUGUCCGGAGGGUGGGACCGGGUGGGAAUGUGAGCUGAGCCGUGCUGUGUCCCUGUGGGCAGCAAUGGCCUCGCCACCCAGCGUCUCCUGCCUGCACCCUGGCUGCAUCCUGCUCCUUAUCCACAUCCCGGCUGUCGAUGUGAAACAAGGCUGA